AUGAAGCCAGUGGUGACCGACAGCAUCGCAGCCCAGAGCUACCGAUGUCAGGUGCUCUUGGGCCUCUUGGACGAGGCGGAGGCCAAGUCCAAGGGCCGGCUGCGGGACGUGGCCUUCCCCGCCUCCGAGGCGGCUGCGCAGCUGGCACGGCUCCGCGCACAGGAGAAGCAGCUGCUGGAGGCCGACGAGGAGGUGGACGCUCAGAUCGCGGAGCUCUCCGCAAAGCUGAGGCAAUUGGAGAAGACGCGGCGGGAGCUCCUGGCGCCUCGGCACGUGACGUGA